CGACGACGUCCGGACGACGUGAGUAACUGUGACGCUUACAAAAAAAAAAAUUCACGAGCAGAAAAAUAGUGAACUCGCGGUAAUAAUAGUGCAUGCAGUUCGGUUACAACCAGUUCAACUAGUGACCUUAUUUUAUUUUAAAAACCAACGACAAAAUUUUUUAUUUUUUUUUUUGGUUUUUUGCUUUUAGACAAUGAUUAAUUAUUAUUGAAUGUGCAGGACGUUCCAUGAAUCAUACCAGUAACAAUAAUGUCAAUUUGGUCGGAGCGGUUCUUCUAAGAACGGAACCGGGGACACCCGAUGCCCGCGCGGGCGACUGAAUGACGUCAGAGGACGCGAGGGGCGGCGCACGGCCGUCCUCGCCCGCCCUCAAUUUCAGCCUGGUGGCCGCCGACAUCCUCGUAGACGCCACCGUUCGACCGGAAUGUCUGGACACCCGGAAAUACUGGUGCUUUCUGCUAUCGUCGAUAUGCACGUUCCUAGCAGGAUUAUGUAUAGUACUGGUUUGGCGUCUGUUUGCGUUUCUCUGCUGUCGCAAAGAGACCGAAUAUGGUCCCAACGAUCCCAAACAAAAAGAACAGAAAGCUGCCCGACAGGGCAAGCAGGAGUUCGAAGGAACAUUCAUGACCGAGGCCAAAGACUGGGCAGGAGAACUUAUUUCUGGACAAACCACAACAGGUCGAAUUCUGGUUGUAUUGGUGUUUAUUCUAAGCAUUGCAUCUCUUGUAAUUUACUUCAUUGACGCCUCUUAUGAAGGGGUUGAACAUUGUGAGGAAUGGAGUAAAAACAUCACUCAACAGAUCGAUCUAGCCUUCAAUAUAUUUUUUAUGGUAUAUUUUUUUAUACGAUUUAUAGCUGCUAGUGAUAAGUUAUGGUUCAUGCUGGAAAUGUAUUCCUUCGUAGAUUAUUUUACGAUACCCCCGUCCUUUGUUUCUAUUUAUCUAGACCGGACUUGGAUAGGUCUUCGGUUUCUUCGCGCGCUACGGCUCAUGACUGUACCAGACAUUUUGCAGUACCUCAAUAUUUUAAAGACUUCCAGUUCCAUUCGUCUUGCUCAGCUAGUUUCUAUAUUUAUAUCUGUGUGGCUUACCGCUGCAGGAAUCAUACAUUUGCUCGAAAAUUCGGGUGAUCCACUAGAUUUUGAUAAUCCUCAUCCUCUACCUUACUGGACCUGCGUAUACUUUCUAAUCGUGACAAUGUCCACUGUAGGUUACGGUGACGUCUUUUGUCACACAGUUCUGGGCCGUACUUUUUUGGUAUUUUUUCUUCUGGUCGGCUUGGCUGUUUUUGCCAGCUGGAUUCCGGAGAUCACAGAGUUAGCGGCCAAUCGAUCGAAAUAUGGUGGAAAAUACAGCAAAGAUAUCAGGCGCAGGCAUAUAGUCGUUUGCGGGCACAUUACAUAUGAAUCUGUGUCGCAUUUCUUAAAAGACUUUCUCCAUGAGGAUAGAGAAGACGUAGACGUGGAAGUUGUUUUUCUUCAUAGAAAGGAACCUGACUUGGAAUUGGAGGGAUUACUAAAACGGCAUUACACAACAGUGGAGUUUUUUCAGGGAACCAUGAUGAACGCGGUUGACCUUGAAAGAGUCAAGGUACACGAAGCUGACGCAUGCCUUGUAUUGGCCAACAAAUACUGUCAAGAUCCGGACGCCGAAGACGCAGCAAAUAUUAUGAGGGUUAUUUCGAUUAAAAAUUAUAGCGAUGACAUUCGAGUGAUUAUUCAAUUAAUGCAGUACCAUAAUAAGGCUUACCUAUUAAACAUUCCAUCUUGGGACUGGAAACAGGGUGACGAUGUCAUAUGCUUGGCGGAAUUAAAAUUAGGAUUUAUUGCUCAGUCGUGUUUGGCUCCUGGAUUUUCCACUAUGAUGGCAAAUUUGUUUGCUAUGCGUUCGUUUAAGACUUCUCCCGAUACUCAAGUAUGGCAGAACGAUUAUCUACAAGGAACGGGGUGCGAGAUGUAUACUGAGACUCUGUCCCCCUCGUUCACGGGCAUGACUUUUCCCCAGGCUAGCGAGUUAUGUUUCACCAAACUAAAACUGCUUCUAUUGGCGAUAGAAGUAAAGGGCGUGGAAGGAGCCGACACUAAAAUCUCCAUCAAUCCUAAGGGAGCCAAAAUCGUCGCGAACACGCAAGGAUUUUUUAUAGCUCAAUCGGCUGAUGAAGUUAAAAGAGCAUGGUUUUAUUGCAAGGCGUGCCACGAUCACAUAAAAGACGAAACCUUAAUAAAGAAAUGCAAGUGUAAGAAUUUGGCGACAUUUAGGAAGGGCGUCCGAGCCAUCCAAUUGGUUGGCCGAACAAGUGAAGUGGAUAUCACUUUUCCGAAUGACCACCAUCCUCCCCCUACUUUCACACCACCAGAGUUGCCCAAGAAGGUUCAUGUCAGAGGUGACAUGAACCGUCAUGAUGAAUUACUUAUGGCACAAAGAAACCAAAAUCACCGGAACAGUACGUUGCCCAACGUAAAUGUAAAUAUGGUCAAUUCAACGAAGCAAGUGAACAAAGUGAAACCUAACAUCACUAGAAAUGCAACAGAAAAUUUAGUCUCUCCUACUUAUAAUUCUCGCCCGCCGGAUCCAUCAGAAACUACGACUUAUGCCGGCUAUCAUCUUGCCUAUGAAGUCAAAAAACUCAUGCCUACGAAUAGAAGUAGUGGUGGUACCAACCAGAAUAACAACGGUGUAGGUUUACCUGUAGGCUUGGCCGAUGAUCAAGCCAAAGAUUUCGACUUUGAAAAGACUGAAAUGAAAUACGAUAGCACGGGGAUGUUCCAUUGGGGUCCAGCUAGAAAUUUAGAAGAGUGUAUUUUGGACCGCAACCAAGCGGCUAUGACUGUCCUGAAUGGUCACGUAGUUGUUUGCCUGUUUGCCGAUCCAGAUUCACCCCUCAUAGGACUCAGGAAUUUGGUUAUGCCUCUGAGAGCCAGCAACUUUCACUAUCACGAGCUAAAGCAUGUGGUUAUUGUCGGAUCUGUUGAUUAUAUCCGUAGAGAGUGGAAGAUGUUACAGAACUUACCAAAAAUUUCUGUUCUAAAUGGUUCUCCUUUGAGCAGAGCUGAUCUCCGUGCUGUGAACGUAAACUUAUGUGAUAUGUGCUGCAUUCUAUCAGCCAAAGUGCCAAGCAACGACGACCCCACGUUAGCUGAUAAGGAGGCCAUCCUGGCCUCGCUUAAUAUUAAAGCCAUGACUUUUGACGAUACGAUAGGUGUUCUCAGUCAGAAUACCGAAAAUACUGAAAAUGGUACGCCAGUUGGUAGUCCUAUCAUUUUGCAAAGACGCGGGAGUGUUUAUGGAGCCAACGUACCCAUGAUUACAGAAUUAGUAAAUGAUAGUAACGUUCAGUUUCUUGAUCAAGACGACGACGAUGAUCCUGAUACUGAAUUGUAUCUGACACAACCUUUCGCUUGCGGUACUGCCUUUGCUGUUAGUGUACUAGACUCUCUAAUGUCGACGACAUAUUUCAACCAAAAUGCCUUAACACUUAUACGUUCACUAAUAACGGGAGGUGCAACACCAGAACUCGAACUAAUUCUGGCAGAAGGAGCAGGCCUAAGAGGCGGUUACAGCACUCCUGAAAGUUUAUCCAACAGAGAUAGAUGUCGUGUAGGGCAAAUAUCUUUGUACGACGGGCCUCUAGCUCAAUUCGGAGAAACAGGGAAAUAUGGUGACUUGUUUGUCGCCGCACUGAAACAAUUCGGUAUGCUUUGCAUAGGAUUGUACCGAUUCAGAGAUACCAGUUCAUCUUGCGACGCCAGCAGCAAAAGAUACGUCAUCACUAAUCCACCUGAUGAUUUUCAAUUAUUGCCCACUGAUCAAGUAUUUGUCUUGAUGCAAUUUGAUCCAGGUUUAGAAUAUAAACAAGUUAGGGGUGGUCGACAGGGUACGGGACAGGGAAGCGGAACAGGCGGAGGCGGAACGAACAAAGACGAAAAUUCUUGACUAUUGUUGUGUAGCGCCCUCACUGACGGACCAUAUUCAUAUAUUUAAGAUUUGGUUCGACAUAAGUAAUAAAAAAGAGUUCCCACCAUUCCAAUGCGUUUUCCAUUAAGUAUACUUUUUAAGUCAUUAUUUUACAGACUUUAAAUGCACUUUUUUUUAAAUUUUGUUUUAGUUAUAAUAAUACAUGUUUUAUUUGUUUCGUAUUAUAGCUUCUUUGUUUAGUUUUGUGGGUAACUAACUGACUAACUCAACGCUGAAGGCGCUACACUAACAAUAAAAUAAGGAUUUUUAUGUAAGACAAAAAUUAUAUGCGAUUGCGGUGACACUUAUACAACGGGAUUGAGAUUAAAUAGUUGUAUAGGUGUUGAGUAGGUAGGUAAUUAAUAUAAAUUGUUUUAAACAUUGCCUGCUUGAGUUUGGAUUUUAUAGAUUUUGUUUCAAGAUAUUUUUCUAAGCCAGUUUCAAUUUUAUCAUAGUCUAUGUCUACAGUGUCUCAAAAGUUGGGAACUUUUGAUUUUCAUAAAAAUAGAUUUACCUAUUUUUUUCAAAUUGGAAAAAUCAUCAAUUUGACUUUUUCUGAAUUUUUAACAUUCAUCUCCAAACUGUAUAAGGUACCUAUCUGCAAUGUUUUAACCAAUUUCAACAGUCAAGCAUACUAAUUUGAAUAUGACUUUUUAAACAAUUCCAUGUUUUAUAUAUUCCAGUGUUUAAAUUGUAAGAAAAUAUAAUACAUGUAAUAUUUUGUAAAUUGCUACCCUGGUGCCAUUCGCAAUUAAAAUAAGUAUACAUUAUAUAGAACAAACGGAUUUUAAAAAUGUUAAUUUUUUUAUCAGAAUGUAAAUUAUGUAAAUAGAAUUUAUAUAUUUAAUAAAGGCAACAUGAAGAAGUCUAAUCGGAAAAAGAGUGGAUUAUAUCUAAUUACAGUAUUACAGUCAGUACAUGACAUGGAAAAUUGAAUGUUCGAGUAGCUAAAAAAAAAUGAUAAUUUACCUAUAUCACGAAAUAAAUGUCGAUACUAGAUUUGUCUGAAAAAAAAUUAGCAAAAAUGUUAGUAGUUUUCGCUAUUGUGUCACAUAAACAGCAAAUUGCCAAUUUCACAAAUAUGUAUUAUUAUUUUUUACUUGAUAAACAUUCUAUAAGCAUACAGGGUGAUUUUACAUAGUGGUAAUGCAAUGAAUUUUAAAUACAAAGGCAUAAGCAUAUAACACUUUAUUAUGUGUGAAAAAAUUAUACAGGAUGAUCAUUUGCUAAGACCUAUCAAAUUUUGUUUUGAGGAGAACAGUUUUCGUGAACAGCACAUCAGCUUCAAAUUCUUCUGUGUUAUAGAUUAAUUUAAAUAUAAACAAACUGUUAAUUAGAAAACGCCGAAAAAUUUCUAAAUUUGUUUCAUGACAUGCAACAAUUUUCCAUUUUUGUUUUUGUGGAUUUUCUAUAAUUUGAGAAAUAUUCUCGCUAAAUACCGCUGCACUUGUGGUAUUAUCCCAUAAAAUGUUGUAGAAACACAGUGUCAGAUUUAAGAUUUAAUAUUUUCCAAUAAAAUUUAAAAAAAAAAAUAUUCUUACACAUCUUACCCCUAUACAGUGUGAUUUUUUAAGUGUGCAACAUAUGGGGAUUUUUUUUAGUAAUAGCACAACCCAAAUACAAACAAGGUCAAAAGUUGGUGCAUGUCUGAUAAUCAUAUUAGGUGCACUUAGAAUGGUUGCAAGUCAAACAGCAUACAGGGUAGCUCAAACAAUAGCAAAGCUGUACCGUAAAGUACCCUUAUUUUAGAAAAUUCAGCAAAAUGUUAUAGAGAAAAGUCGUUUGGAAUUAAAAGUUAUGCCUAAAUACCAAAACAUAGCCUCCUAAGAUUUUUUUUUAUUUUCUUUCGAAAAAAAUCUAUAAUUUCUAUAUUUUUUUUAUUUUUCAUUUCCGCCCUUAAUACUUUCAAAAAUUAAUUGAAAUCAAAUCAAUUUUACAUAACUUUGUUCAAAUUCAAGCAUAUUUGUAAAAUUAACUUGGAUUUUUAAUUUUAUAUGGAAUCACGAAAUUCAUGUUUGUUGCAAUAAUGAUAUUCAACAUAACUUUAAAAUGUCGCAAUUUUUUCUUUAACAAGUUAAAACAUUACUAAUGAUAAUAGCCAUAUUAAAAAAACUCUCCUUAAAGUGCAAAAGUUUUAUUUUAUUUAAGUAAAUAUUAGUAGAAUUUUGAUAUUUUUUGAGCCACCCUAUAUGCUGUUUGACUUGCAACCAUUCUAAGUGCACCUAAUAUGAUUAUCAGACAUGCACCAACUUUUGGCGUUGUUUGUAUUUUGAUUGUGCUAUUACUAAAAAAAAAAUCCCAUAUGUUGCACACUUAAGUAAUGACACUGUACAAUAAACAACCCUGUAUUUCGUCUAAAAACAUUCAUAUUGUCCAUUUUAAGUACAUGUAAGUUACUUUUGGCUGGAAUAAUAAUUAAGCCCACAGAAAACUUUAAUCAAUUAUAAAAAAGUGCUUCUGUUCUAGUAGCACUUAAAGUUGGUGUUUUUGAAAUUUGUGCACUGUUUUUUGGUAUCUGUGGGCGUUGUUUAAUUAGUAGAAACGCUUCAUGUGAGCAUAAACAUAGUUUAUCAGACUGUUUGCAAAUUACAUGGUAGAACACACUCGAUAUUAAAAAGCUUUUCAAUAAAAACUAAUUCUUGUAAAAGUAUAAAAACUGCUAAAAGUUUGUAAGAUAUGUAAAGCUGCAAAAUCAUUAAUUUAAAAUUGAAUUGUGAUAUUGUAAAUAAAAAUAUGAUGUUUGUUAGGUUUUUAAUUAUUGUACAUAGAAUUUAUGUAUUAUAGAAACUUAUUUAUUAGCAAUAUUGACUGUGAAAACAAAAUUGUUAUAUCUACACCAAAAUUCUUUUUAUAUAUUGUGCAUUUUAAGCAACUUCAUUGAAAUGUAUUAAUCACCUCAGCAGAUGAAAAGGUAGCAAUACAUAAUAUAGCGAAUCUGAUUUAAAUAUUAAGUUUGUUAAAGUUUGUGAUUGUUUCCGCAUAGUUUUUGUUAUGUUUUCAAAAGUUUGUUUCGGAUAUUUUAAGUUUGAACUUGCAACUCCUCACGAGGCAAUUGAUUAUUAAUGGUUAUUCCAAAUUCACCUAAAAUACGUUUUUGUAGUUGUAUUGUUGAUUCAAUUUUAUAAAGGUUAUAAUAAUUUUGAAAAUGAUGUUUUAUUUGUUCUGUUUCUUUUUAGAGGGUUGAUUUUGCCGCAGAACUUUAUUAAGCUUCAUUCUAUUGCUACAGGGUAAUCCAAUUUGGACACUUUUGAUAGAAAACGUCAAUUCCUGAGCGAAAUUUACGAGACGAGAGAAAUCCUCAGAUCGGAUACAAAUAUGCGUGAAUCGAUCAAACCAAGAGAACGAUUGGCCCUAUCGCUGUACAUUCUUGAUUUUAUUUGUCAUAACUCCAGAUACCCUGCAAAAAACUUAUUAAAGCAAAUGUAUCUUCUUUUGAUCACACACGUUUAGAGCAGUUUUAAGACAAAUUUAGAUUAGAUGGUUUUUAGAGUAACUCAGAAUUUUAGAUGUUUUUGAAAUGGUUUCAGACCUCUUUGAAUCCAAACGAUUCUUCCUAAUAUUGUCCCAGCUUUUUCAUAAAUAAAUAUUCUUUUCAAAGAAGCCUAUUUAUACAGCCGAAAACUAAAAUCCAUCCCUUCCCCUAGAGUUGAGUUGAAAGUAAACAACUCGAAUUUGCAAGUUGGGACUAAGAAAAUCUUAAUGUUUAAAGCGGGAGAAUUCACACAAUUAAUGGGUUUUCUAAAUUGAAUUUUUUAAUUUAUAGGCAAUUUCCUUGGCAAUUUUCUAAUAUUAUGUGAAUGUAUGAUAGAAAAAUCAUUGUUUUUCUAUUACAGGCUUUUGAGUCUUCUCUAGGGAUUCAAAAUGGUAUUUAGCUGAAAUCGCUAGCGUUUACGGUAUGUGAGAAAAUCGAGUUUGAAGUUUUAGACAAAAUGUCGACUAAAUUUCAACUUUCAAGCUCAAGAUCUUGGAAACCCCGAAAGUUACAAAAACCAAUUUUACACAGCCUUAUAGAGAAUUUAAUGCUCUUUCCAAUAAUAUGUAGUUAUUAUUAAUUUGCCUAAAAAUAAUCGAAGAUAUAAGCAAUUAUUCAUGAGCAUGUCAAGAUUUCAAAAAAUGUCCAGAGCGAAAAAUGGGAUUUUCUUUUGGGUUUUUUCUCUUAUAAUAUUGAAAUUUCCAAAUGUAAUUGACGUUAGAGUUGUUUCUGACUAAUUUGGACUCGCUUUAUCGGUUUCUAAAGUUAAAAUUAAGAAAACUCCAAAAAUAGAAAUUUUAAAUAUUUUGCACAUUUUUCUAAGGACACCUACUUCUUGGAAAUCUUGAAUAUGUCGGUAACCAGAAGCGGUACUGGAACAGAAAUUAUAGCCCUUGAUAGGGAGAGAAUCUUGCAAUUAUGAACAGAAUUAAUUCAAAAACUGCCUAUAAAACCACAACUUAAUUAUUGAUUUGCUAUGAAACGCCCAUAAUCAAAAAAAAAAAAUAUUUAUAUUUUCACAUUUCGCCAAUCACAAAAAGGAGAUCGAAAACCAGAAAAUAAAAUACAUCAAUCACCUAUUACUAAUAGGAAUAUGAUCGAACAAUUUCAUAAGUUCACUUUUCAAUUUUGCAGUUUUUGUUUCUUGUUUACUGGAGCCUUUCGGGUAAUUGAAAUUCACAAACAUGCUUUUGCUCGAAGCCUGUCUGGGCGUUGCAGAUAUUGAGCGAAAACUGGUGUCGAUUGGUGGUAAAAUCAGCAUUUGAGGAGGCCUUGCUCUAUUGUUUGGUUUACGCAUUUGAGUUUUGAUUGGAGUAGCAGUUAUAAAAGGCAGAGAAAAAUAUUCUGGCGAUAAGUCUAGUGGUAAGUCAUUUGACGGUUGCCUGUUUACAGUAGCUUGGGGAUACUUUCUUUUUCUUAUAUCUGAACUGUUGAUGGAAGAUAUUUUGAGGUAUUGGUCGAUUUCUAAACUUCUUGGCUUCCUUGGUAAUGAAUUGUAUCGCCUUGUAGGAUUAUCUUGAGGGGGCAAUUCUGGAGGUCGUUUUUUGUUUGCUAUUAAGUGCCUAUUUGCAGCAUGUUUUAGUCCUGGACUAGGUUGAAUUUUUACUUGCUCAUCUUCAGAGUCAACAUCUGAAUUAAUUGGUGUAUUACAACCAAGGAUACUAAAAAAUAUAAUUUUGACAUAAAAUUAGUUACCUAAUAGAAAAGAGCUUACUAAACAUUUGGAAAAAAUUGCUUCCAUUCUGCAAUUUCAUCUAAAUCAUAAUUUGUCGUUUCAUUUUCUGUUCCUUGAAAAAUUCUAUCGAGUUUCUCCAAUUCUGAUUCAACUUUUUUUGCAACCUCAGAUUCAUAAUCCUCACUCCAGCUCAAAGAGCUACUUGAACUUAAGCCACUUAAUUUAAGUCGAAGAUCAAGCAUAUCUAAAAGCGAUAGCUAUUGAAUUAAGGGUUUGAACCUUAGAUGUUUGAAAUAGGAAAAACCAAAAUUACCUUCCAAGUCGCUAGUAUUAGUUGAUGAAGAAUUGGUCGGGGUGCCUUGAUCAUUAUUGAUAUUUUCCUCCAAGAUGUUUAGUGAAUUUUGAAGUCUCUUCUCAGUUGUAGAAGGAAGAGUAAGAACGCUUCGGCUCUUUCUUUUACUUGACAUUCCAAUUUAGUGGUAAUUUUGAGUAAUCAACUUCUUAAUAUUUGUGUUUGUUUUGUGUAUAUUCCAUUAAUUUUUG